UCCUAUAAAAUCAGCCCCCUUUCCCAUGAAACAUCAGCAAACAUUUUGACGGCUCUGGCUUUGCCCCCACUGGAUUUCUGGAGGACUCUCUAGCCCCCCCACGCCCACCGCACCACCAAUCCCACCAUUCUCUUUUACUCCCACCCACACACACACACACACACCCUCUCUCUCCUCCACUCACACCCUCAGCAUCUCCCGUUUGACGGCCAGUGGUCGCGGAGACGGCGAGAGAGACGAGGAUACGAACACCGCCAAAGAGGUGGUGAAGAAGGUGGAGGAGGAGGAGGAGGAGGAGGGGAACUUAGAGCCAUUUUCUUGGAAGGAGCCGGCCGGCGUGGUUGAUGGGAAGAGGAUGCACUGCGGGCUGCUGGAGGAGCCGGACAUGGAUUCAACAGAGAGCUGGAUUGAGCGAUGCCUCAACGAGAGCGAGAGCAAACGUUACUCCAGCCAUAUGUCUCUGGGUAACAUGUCCACCGAUGAGCAUGAAGAAAAAGAAAACAACAGAGCCUCUAAGCCGCAUUCUACACCAGCGACGCUUGAAUGGCUGGAGGAGAACUAUGAGAUAGCAGAAGGUGUGUGCAUCCCUAGAAGCGCCCUCUACAUGCACUACCUGGACUUCAGUGAGAAGCACGACACGCAGCCUGUCAAUGCAGCCAGCUUUGGGAAGAUUAUAAGGCAACAAUUUCCAGCGUUAACCACCAGACGACUUGGAACUAGAGGCCAGUCCAAAUAUCACUACUAUGGCAUUGCGGUGAAGGAGUCAUCUCAGUACUACGACGUGAUGUACUCCAAGAAGGGCGCGGCAUGGGUAAACGAGGCGGGCAAGAAGGAGGUCACCAAGCAGACAGUGGCGUAUUCACCGCGCUCCAAGCUGGGAACGCUGCUGCCAGAGUUCCCAAAUGUCAAAGACCUAAAUUUGCCUGCUAGCUUGCCAGAAGAGAGGGUGUCAACCUUCAUCAUGAUGUACAGAACACACUGUCAGAGGAUACUGGACACGGUCAUCCGAGCCAACUUUGACGAGGUCCAAAGCUUCCUGCUGCACUUUUGGCAAGGCAUGCCGCCCCACAUGCUCCCCGUCCUCAGCUCCCCCACCGUGGUCAACAUCGUCGGCGUGUGUGACUCCAUUCUCUACAAGGCCAUCUCCGGGGUGCUCAUGCCCACCGUCCUCCAAGCGCUGCCUGAUAGUUUGACGCAGGUUAUCCGAAAAUUUGCCAAACAAUUAGAAGAGUGGCUCAAAAUCGCCCUGCACGACCUGCCUGAGAACUUGAGGAACAUCAAAUUUGAGUUGUCCAGGAGAUUCUCGCAGAUUCUAAAGCGGCAGACAUCGUUAAACCAUCUGUGUCAGGCGUCGCGGACAGUGAUAAACAGUGCCGACAUUACCUUUCAAAUGUUGGAGGACUGGAGGAACGUGGACCUGAACAGCAUCACCAAGCAGACGCUUUACACCAUGGAGGACUCGCAGGAGGAGCACCGGCAGCUCAUCAUCCACCUGUACCAGGAGUUUGAUCGCCUCUUGGAGGAGCAGUCGCCCAUUGAGUCAUACAUCGAGUGGUUGGACUCCAUGGUGGACCGCUGUGUCGUCAAGGUGUCAGGAAAGAGGCCCGGCUGCCUGAAGAAGGUGGCCCAACAGUUCCUCCUCAUGUGGUCCUGCUUCGGGACCAGAGUCAUCCGGGAUAUGACGCUCCACAGCGCCCCCAGCUUUGGCUCCUUCCACCUGAUUCAUCUUAUGUUUGAUGACUACGUCCUCUACCUGCUGGAGUCGCUGCACUGCCAGGAGAGGGCCAACGACCUCAUGAGAGCCAUGAAGGGCGAAGGCAGCACCGAGCGAGACGAGGAGUUCACUCUCACAGAAAUAACCGCCACCUCCUCGCCGUCCCCGGGGUCCUACUCGCCUGCCAGGUCCGUCCACUCGACCGCCGUGUCGUCAGCCUCCCCCACAGCUGACACGUCGCCGGAGUAUCCCUCCACCACAGGCGCCGUUCAGUCAUAUACGUGGUCCCUUACAUACACAGUGACAACAGCUGGAGGCUCCGCUCCCGACGCCGGCCAGCAGCUGUCCUGCAUGAGGAGCAACUCAGCGGGCACGCCGCCGCCGCCGCCCUCCGGCCAUCGGAUGCCUGUCUACUCCCACAGAGAGGAGCACGGAUACACUGGGAGCUACAACUAUGGCAGCUAUGCCAACCAGCAUCCUCAUGCCAUACAGAGCCAGUACCCGGGCCUUGCCCACGAGACCACCAUCCCAGCACCACUACACUACUCCGCCUACCACCGCUCAUCUGCACAGUACCAGUUUAAUGGUCAGAUGUCCCGCAUGGAGCCCUCCUGUUUGAUGAGUACCACUCCCCGCCUGCACCCUGCACCCGUCGCCCCCAGGUGGCCGGAUAUGUCCCCGGUCAACAGCUGUUACACCAGUCCGCCUAUGCAUUCGUCGCGCUACGCCGCGUCAGGGGACGUGUACUCCCCCCUAGUCCCUCGCAGGAACUCCGACUACGAGCACUCGCAGCAUUUCCCUGGUUUUGCCUACAUCAACGGCGAGGCCACCACAGGCUGGGCCAAGUAGCCUUUGAAACACUUUGAGGUGUAAAGGACACCAUCAAUAGGGACGGCCUGUUAAGUACGCAUCACAAAAAGGGAGACACAGAGAGUGGGCAGUACCAGUGUGAGGACACACUGGUCAAUCAUUUGGAGGAUUUGUGCAGCUGGAGAUAAUCCUCUAUGAAAUCACGAUUAUCACAAACUGCAAAAUCAUGCAAUGCCUCCGCCAAGCUGUGCUUUUGUUUUCAGGAAUGUACCCCUCUGCCAGAUAGGAGCUGAAGGGUCGGCGCGCAAAGCUGUGUGCAUGGUGGAAAGAGCCACAGAAACUGAGACCUUGAAGGUUCUCGUGCUCCAAAAUUAUACCCUAUGGCAAGCUUUUUUUCCUGCUUUUUUGUGUCACAAAGUUUGUAUAUAUAUAUACACUCAACAAAAAUAUAAAUGCAACACUUUCGUUUUUGCUCCCAUGUCUUAUGAGAUGAACUCAAAAAUCUAAAACUUUUUCCACAUACACAAUAUCACCAUUUCUCUCAAAUAUUGUUCACAAAUCUGUCUAAAUCUGUGAUAGCGAGCACUUCUCCUUUGCUGAGAUAAUCCAUCCCACCUCACAGGUGUGCCAUAUCAAGAUGCUGAUUAGACACCAUGAUUAGUGCACAGGUGUGCCUUAGACUGCCCACAAUAAAAGGCCACUGUGUCGUAUACGCCGAUCUAGAGCGUCCCAAACAUGCUCAAUGUGUGACAUGUCCGGUGAGUAUGCUGGCCAUGCAAGAACUGGAACGUUUUCAGCUUCCAAGAAUUGUGUACAGAUCCUUGCAACAUGGGGCCGUGCAUUAUCCUGCUGCAACAUGAGAUGAUGGAUGUGCUGCCAAAUUCUCUGAAACGCCUUUGGAGACGGCUCAUGGUAGAGAAAUGAGCAUUCAAUACACGAGCAACAGCUCUGGUUGACAUUGCUGCUGUCAGCAUGCCAAUUGCACGCUCCCUCAAAUCUUGCGACAUCUGUGGCAUUGUGCUGUGUGAUAAAACUGAACAUUUAUUGUGGGAACAAUAUUUGAGAGAAAUGGUGAUAUUGUGUAUGUGGAAAAAGUUUGAGAUCUUUCAGUUCAUCUCAUAAAAAAUGUGAGCAAAAACAAAAGUUUUAAGUUUUAUUUUUUUGUGUAUAUAUGUAUGUAUAUAUGUAUAUAUACAUAUACAUACAUAUAUAUGUAUAUAUAUAUAUAUAUAUAUGCUGUGUAUUUUCUGUAACUAUGUAACAUGGUUGUAUCCUUUUACUUUCUAUGCUACUCUUAUUCUGUUUUGUAAGAUCAUUAGUACAGGAUGCAUUAACCUUGGGUUGUGUGUUUUAUAAUUAUAAUGCACUCAAAAGCUACUGAGGACCUAUUACCCUAUGGGUAUUUAUAUAAAAAAACAAAGGAAAUUAUCAUUUAAGUGUACAGUAAUGUUCAAUGCAAGCACUGGAAAAGCAUUUGUGGUGACUGUUGGAUGACAGUUUUGAAU